AUGGAGUCACAACGGCGACGACAUAAUGGUUUUACUUGGCCACCGUCAUUUUUACAAUUACUUUUUUGGGUAACAAUACCCAUAAUAGCUUCCAGUACUGCAUUUUUGCUCAUACCUUUGCAUGUAUUAUACGCGCCUAUUGCUGUUUUUAUUGGGACAAUAUGGCUUAUACUACAAAUUAUUAUAUUAACAUUCAUCGAUCCAGCAGUAAGCAAUUUGCAAAAAAAUCAAGCACCAGCAUAUUUUGAUGCUAGCAAACAUGAGCAUGUUAUCGAGAAUCUCUUCUGCAAUAUUUGUUUAAUUAAUGUAGAUUCCACUUGUAAGCAUUGUCGUCAAUGUAACAAAUGUAUAUCUGGAUUUGAUCAUCAUUGCAAAUGGCUUAAUAAUUGCAUUGGUGCGGUAAAUUAUAGAUUAUUUUUAUUGUUAGUGUUAUCAGUAUGUUUUAUAUCAGCUCUCAUAUCAACAUGUCUGCUUAUCCUUAUAGUGAUAUCAUUUAUCAGUAUUGGAUUACUUCCACAUGCAGAUAAAUUACCAAUAAAAUUAUUAUUAUGGCAAAGUCUAUGCUUUGCUGCUAGUAUUUUAUAUUCUACGGUUGCUAUUAUGUGCGCACAUUUACUCUAUUUUCAUUACAAAUUAUGGCAACGUGGCAUGACAACAUAUCAUUUCAUACGAAUUAAUAGAAGAUGCAUGAAUAAUCAACAACAGCAACAGCAACAACAACAACAAGAGAAGAAUCUAUCAUUAAAUGUUAAUACAAUACCUGGUUUAAAUCCACUCGAGAAAACCUGUUCCAAAUUAGGUGUUAUUAAAUCAAGAGCUAUUCAUGAUUCGAACAUUGAUAAUCCAUAUGUCUCUUUUACAUUUCAAGAAAAUUUCACUAAUAAUGAACUCAAAUAA